GGUCGUUUUCGAGACACUGAAAUUAUGUUCGGGAAAAACUUGGACCAACUUUGGUGAAUCGGUAGGAUGGCCACCGACGUUAGCAGUAGAGAAAAUGCUAAAGUGUUUUUAGGGUUUGAUUUCAGUACACAACAGGCAAAAGCAAUUCUAGUGACCAAUGACCUGAAGGUGAUCCAGGAAAUUGCAGUGAAGUUUGAUACCGAGCUUCCAGAAUUCAAAACUGAUGGUGGGGUACAUGUGCAUGAUGAUCAUGUUACUGUGACAGCACCAACAGCCAUGUGGGUCAAGGCUUUUGACAUGCUGCUGGAGAAGAUGAAGUCGGAAAACGUUCCAUUUGAGAAGAUAGCUGCAGUUUCAGGUAGUGGACAGCAACAUGGCAGUGUCUACUGGAAAAUAGGAGCACAGCAUCUCCUUAAUAAUCUGAAUCCUGAAAGUUCCAUGCAUAGUCAGUUGAAGGAUGUGUUUAGUGUUGGUGAUUCGCCCAUCUGGAUGGAUGCUAGUACUACACAGCUGUGUCGAGACCUUGAAGAGAAAGUGGGAGGAAAACAGAGAUUGACCGAUAUCACCGGUUCCUGUGGGUACGAAAGGAUGACUGGAAAUCAGAUCGCAAAAAUCUAUCAAACCAACAGAGAAGCUUAUCUCAACACUGAGCGUAUUUCAUUGGUCAGCAGUUUUGUGGCAAGUCUGUGUGUGGGUGACUAUGCACCGAUAGAUGAGAGCGAUGGGUCCGGUAUGAACCUGUUGAAUAUCCACACGCGAGAAUGGGCGGCGGAAUGUUUAACUGCUUGUGCUCCAGACUUGGCUGACAAACUUGGGUCAGUGGUACCAUCAAAACAAAUUAUUGGUUCGGUAUCUCCAUAUUUAGUGCAGCGUUAUGGAUUUGCUCAGGACUGCCAAGUUAUAGCCUUCACUGGAGAUAACCCAGCAUCGUUGGCAGGACUGACUCCAUCUGCUGGUGAUGUUAUGGUGAGUCUGGGUACAAGCGACACUAUUUUCCUCUGGCUGUCAUCUCCAAAACCAUCCACAGUCGGGCAUGUAUUUGUCAAUCCCAUUGAAAGCACUGAUUUCAUGGCCUUAGCUUGUUUCAAAAAUGGUUCACUGACCAGAGAAAGAAUACGCAACGAAUGUGCUGAGGGAUCAUGGGAUAAGUUUAUUGCAGCUCUGGAGAAUACACCAAUGGGAAACAAUGGCAAUAUAGGAAUAUACUUCUACGUGACCGAGAUUCAGCCUUUGGUUCAAGGAGUCUUUAGAUUCAAUAGCCAUGGAGAAGAGGUGACAUCGUUUCCGAAAGAGGUGGAGAUACGUGCAGUGCUCGAGGGCCAGAUGGUUGCUAGGAGAUAUUAUUCAGAAAUGUUAGGAUUUAAUUUUAAUUCCACCAACACACGUGUUAUAGCUACGGGAGGGGCCUCAACGAAUCCCGCAAUAUUACAGGUGAUAGCCGAUGUUUUCAAUGCACCUGUGUACACAAAGGAUGUUGCCAACUCAGCUGCUCUGGGCAGUGCGUUUAGAGCAAAACAUGGAUGGCUGGGUCCAGGGGUAGACUACUCUGAAGUGGUCAGUGGUUUAAAGCAACCGCCAUGCGUUGCCGUUCCAUCUCCUGGUGCAGAUAAAGUUUAUGGAGACUUGUGCGACAGGUAUAAAGAACUUGAAGCCAGAAUACAAAACAGAACUAGUUUAAUAUCCACAGACUGAAAUCACAAGAUGGAAACAAUGGUGGCCAUACAGAAUGGCAAACUAUUCCUUUCCAAUUUGCUCAAAAAUGCUACAUAAUUGCAUGUGACCCAUCAUUCUGUCCAUGUGUUGCAUGUGACCCGUCAUUCUGUCCAUGUGUUGCAUGUGACCCGUCAUUCUGUCCAUGUGUUGUAUGUGACCUGUCAUUCUGUCCAUGUGUUGGAUGUGACCCGUCAUUCUGUCCAUGUGUUGUAUGUGACCCGUCAUUCUGUCCAUGUGUUGGAUGUGACCCGUCAUUCUGUCCAUGUGUUGGAUGUGACCUGUCAUUCUGUCCAUGUGUUGUAUAUGACCUGUCAUUCUGUCCAUGUGUUGUAUAUGACCUGUCAUUCUGUCCAUGUGUUGGAUGUGACCCGUCAUUUUGCCCAUGUGUUGUAUGUGACCCGUCAUUGUCCAUGUUUUGCAUAUGACCCGUCAUUCCACCCAUGUGUUGGAUAUGACCUGUCAUUCUGUCCAUGUGUUGGAUGUGACCCGUUAUUCUGUCCAUGUGUUGGAUGUGAUCUGUCAUUCUGUCCAUGUGUUGGAUGUGAUCGGUCAUUCUGUCCAUGUGUUGGAUGUGACCUGUCAUUCUGUCCAUGUCUUCCGUCAUUCUGGCCAUGUGUUGGAUGUGACUCGUCAUUCUGUCCAUGUGUUGGAUGUGACCUGUCAUUCUGUCCAUGUGUUGUAUGUGACUCGUCAUUCUGUCCAUGUGUUGCAUGUGACUCGUCAUUCUGUCCAUGUGUUGCAUGUGACCUGUAAUUCUGUCCAUGUGUUGGAUGUGACCGGUCAUUCUGUCCAUGUGUUGGAUGUGACCUGUCAUUCUGUCCAUGUGUUGGAUCUCCCGUUUUUGCAACAUUAAAUUUACAUAAUUUCAAAAGAACUCAUAUUUUUCCGUCGGUUGUACAACUUUUAUUUACAGAAUCUGCCGAUUGGUUACAUGAUGAACAGUUACAAUCUAAAAUUAAAAGUUGCAAACCUCAGGAUCACUGGAAUGUUGUUAAUUAAUGUAUUACCAAAAAUUAAUGUCUUCCAAAAAAUUUCUAUAGUCUGUCCCAUCCUCCUACUAAAAUAUUUUUUUGUAAAUAAUUUUAGUUUGGUUUGACAUAAAAAAAAGAAAUAAAAGUGUUUUGAAAAUAACAAAAAAUACAA